GUCCGGUGCAGCGGAGCGGCAGAACGCGGCGUACCGAACAGAGAACGUUUCUCCGUGAGGCUCCGUGGAACUGUGGAUGGCCCGUUAACCGAGCAGAGGAACGACCUCCUUAAAGCGGAUAUUUUUGAACUUUUACCGGAGACCGGAGACCGGAGCUGAACAUGAAGUAUAAAAACCUGAUGGCCAAAGCGUUGUACGACAAUGUGCCCGAGUCCCCCGAGGAGCUGGCCUUCCGUAAGGGGGACAUCCUGACCGUCAUUGAGCAGAACACCGGCGGUCUGGAGGGCUGGUGGCUCUGCUCCCUGCACGGCCGCCAAGGCAUCGCUCCCGGGAACCGCCUGAAGCUGCUGAUCGGACCCAUGUUCGAGGCCCAGCCGUCGACCGCCGCCGCCCACUCGCCCCCUCAGAGCUUCCAGCAGAAGGCCGGGUCUGGAGCUCCGGGGCUUUACCAGAUGCCUUCGUCCCUGCAGAGUCCACAGCAGCAGCAGAGCAUCUACCAGGUUCCUCCAGGACAGGAAGUCUACCAGGUUCCACCAAGGAGCACUCUAGCUGCUGAUAAAACACCAAGCAAGGUGGUGACCCCGACCAGAGUGGGACAGUCCUACUGCUACAGCCCUGGACAGCACAACCAGCAGGACCUCUACGACGUCCCACCCAGCAGGUCCCAGGGGGUCUACGAUAUUCCACCUGGUCAGAUGUUCUCGGGUCAACCAGCCGGAGCCAGUAACCAGGGAGUCUAUGAUGUUCCUCCGUCACAAAUGGACCUCAGGACACAAGGAGUUUACGACAUACCUCCGUCCUCACAAGGGGUCUACUCGGUGCCCCCUUGUAGGACUAAUCCUGCCCUCCAAGAGGGGAACUACGACUUCCCGCAGCCUCUCAAGCACAAGCAGGAAGGCAUCUACGAUGUCCCUCCAGCUGCCCUCACCAAACCAGCACAGAGCCCCCAGUCCCUCUACGACUUCCCCCCCAGCUCCGACCCUUCUGCCCACCACCAACACCCAAACACCAACAGCAACGAAGGCAUCUACGACGUCCCUCCACCCGCCCUUCAUUCGGGGGCGGGGUCUCAGCAGGACGUGUACGACAUCCCCCGCGGCGUCCAGCCCUCCCAGCACAGAGAUCCCAGUAAAGGAAUCUACGACAUCCCGGCUCAGGACGGCCGUACGGUGGCCGACGUGACGGAUGGCGUCAACCGGCUGUCCUUCUCCAGCACCGGCAGCACUCGCAGCAGCAUGUCCACCUCCUCGUCCUCCACCGGCUCCAGCUCGGAGGGCCGCCUUGCCCUGGACCUGGACGCCGCCGUGCAGAGGCUGUACCGCCUGCAGCAAGCGGUGGACGUCUCUGUCGGGGCUGUACACUCAAUGGCAGCUUCGCCUCACUGGAGGACUUUUCCCUUCAUGGAGCGCCACGCCAACGACGUCCGCACUGUGCUGGACCGAGUCCGAGCUGCUCUGGGAGACUUCAUUGUGUUCGGUAGAGGAGCUGCCGCUAACGCCACGUCUCUGUCAGACUCCAGUCUGCACAGUAAGCUCAGGAGGCAGCUGGGACGGCUGGAGGACUCGCAGCAGAUCCUCCUGCAGAUCUACCAGGUCCUGGAGAACUGCAGCUGGGCCCUGAACGCCCUCGCCUCGUCUGGAAAGCACCACAACAAGACGGAUGACCUGGACCGCUUCGUCAUGGUCUCCAGGACAGUCCCCGAUGACGCCAAGCAGCUGGCCUCCACGAUAGGCAGCAACGCUGAGCUGCUGUUCAGGAGGACACACCUGGACGGGUCGUACUCUGUAGGCAGCUCACCUGACGAGAACCUGAUCCACCCGCUGACUUCCCCAUCCUCAGAGAACGACAACUAUGGAGGUCCGACCAAACCCUUCCCGGUUCCCUCCAGCCAGGACAAAGACAACAUGAACAACAGCGAGAAGUGUGUGAAGAGCUGGAUGGAGGACUACGACUACGUUCACCUGCAGGGCAAAGAAGACUUUGAACGUCAGCAGAAGGAGCUGCUGGAGAAAGAAAACAUCAUCAAGCAGAGUCAGGUUCAGCUGGGUCAGGAACAGAUCAAUCAGUUCAAGAAGCUGGAGCAGGAAGUGAUCAAACCCGUGGAGAACGACAUCACUCAGUGGAUUUCACACCAAGGCUCGGUGCUGUCCUCCCCGGACCCCUCCGUCGGCCCCUCCGUCGGCCCCUCCGUCGGCCCCUCCGUCGGCCCCUCCGUCGGCCCCUCCGUCGGCCCCUCCGUCGGCCCCUCCACCCCGCUCUGCUCCAGGGACCGCCAGCUGCUGGGCUUCUACUCCGAUCAGUGCGAGCAGCACUUCGUCACGCUGCUCAGCGCCGUCGACGCCUUCUUCGGCUGCGUCGGCGCCGGACAGCCUCCCCGCAUCUUCGUGGCUCACAGCAAGUUCGUGAUCCUCAGCGCCCACAAGCUGGUGUUCAUCGGAGACACUCUGUCCCGGCAGGCCUCGGCCCCAGAGGUGGCCAACAGGGUGAUGAACUCCAGCAACGUGCUGUGUGACCUGCUGAAGACGGUGGUGGCCGCCACUAAGACGGCGGCUCUGAACUACCCAAACACUGCCGCCAUCCAGGAGAUGGUGGACCGAGUGACGGAGCUGUCUCACCACGCUCAGCAGUUCAAGGAGCAGCUGCUGCAGAUGUCCAGCUGCUGAUUGCAGCAGCUGCUGAUUGCAGCAGCUGCUGAUUGCAGCUGCUGCAGAUUCCAGCUGCUGCAGAUUGCAGCUGCUGCAGAUUCCAGCUGCUGAUUCCAGCUGCAGAUUCCAGCUGCAGAUUCCAGCUGCUGAUUCCAGCUGCAGAUUCCAGCUGCAGAUUCCAGCUGCUGAUUGCAGCUGCUGAUUCCAGCCAGUCGCUCCUGAACUUUCACCGUCUGUACAUGAAUCUGGCAUAAAUCUAUAUAUUUGCAGUAUAAAUAUGUUGCUGUUGCCCUCAGCCUGAUCUAGACGCUGUAAAUAGUCUCCAUCUGUACAUAGCUGCUCUAUUUUUGUGUAGAUUGUUUUAUAUUAUGGGAUAGAUGCAGUACUGCUGUCUCUGUAGGAUCUGUGGACAUUUUUCAUAACAUUCCUGUUGCGUGUAACGAAGCACCUUAUGAGAUGUCCUGUUUGUAUUUGAGCUGUACAAUGUUUUGUGUGUCGUACUGCUGGCUGUAGAUCUCCUGUAAAUCAGCGUCAUGUGGAGCUCACAGAGUAAACGACUGUUCUCAACCUGA